AGUCCGUGAAGUCAAAGUCAAAGUUUUGAUUAAUUGGUGUAGAAUAACACGAAAGUCAAUAUCCCAAAAUUUUACAGUCAAUAUAGCGGCGAUAAGGAAAUUAUUCCCGUUCAAAGUUGUCGAUUUUCGCACCUGAUUAAAACCAAUCAAGGCAACUUCCGGUUGUACUAUUAUUAGCAAAAUACUUGCGUGACGUCACUUUACAUCAGCUUUGAAAUGGCAACUGUAAACGAUAACAGCGUAACCUCGGAUUCUUCGUCGGAUAUUGACCUACACAUGUCAUUUGAGAUAUCAUCCUUCGAAGAAGAACACGAGGAACAUCAGCAGGACAUAGUCCCAUAUCGGUUUGAACUUGAAGCGACUGAUCUUAGCGAAUCGGAUGGUUCAAGCGAAGACGAAGUCGACGACCAGCACAGACUAGAAAAUACAGAUUGGUGCAAUUGUGGAUCAUGCACACCCAUGCCCACAGCAUUAGAAAGCAAAUGCUGCUCUGAAAUUCCACAGAUUGUCGAGAAAAUUGAGUCUUAUAGUGAUGAUUUAACCUGCAUUACAAGACAUCCUGGAUUCCAGACUGUUUGUCUAGACGUCUUUGUCCUGGAGACUGCAUACUACCAGUAUCGUUCUCAGUAUGGAGAUAUACAGAACAGCAUGAAUGAGAGAAACAGAUAUACCGCAUAUCGUCAACUAGCUCGUUGGUGUUGGGGCUACUUAGGAAAGAGUGUUCGAGUCCCCCUCCCCUCCUGUGCAGUAACAAAGAUCCGUGAGACAUUCAGCUCAGAGGAGUAUCACGGAUAUCAAGACCCAGAAUGAGAUGCACAAAGUUACUGCAAAGUGGUGGUGGCUGUAUUUCUGGCAAGCAGGAGACAGGUGGUUGAUGGGGUGAUGUAGCAUCAACUGAAGCUUCCAUGGAUGCGAAUGUCUCAGUCAUCAAUGAAGUUACAUACCCUGAAAUGAAGUCAAUAUGCAAUAACUGUGUCAUAUGAGAAUCUUAAUUUCUACUCUUCUAGGUGCUCAUUGUUUUCCAUAAAUUCAAAUAAAUUUUUUUAAAUUCUU